UAAUAAAACAGAACCGAAUGUUUUCAAAUGUAACAGAUCUGGUUUGUUCCAUCACAUCACAUUUCUAACUACAACCUCUGAGAAUUUACCAAUGGCAACCUCUGUAAUCAACCGACUUCGUUCCUCAUCAACCACAAAAUCACUGUCUUCACUUCUUCAUGGAAUCAGAUCCUACGCAAAGGUUGCAACUGGAACUGAUAUCCUCUCUGCCGCAUCCAAUGUUUCUCUACAGAAAGCUCGCUCUUGGGACGAAGGUGUUGAAUCCAAAUUCUCCACUACCCCUGUCAAGGACAUCUUCAAGGAUAAGAAAGUUGUGAUCUUUGGUCUCCCAGGUGCAUACACAGGUGUUUGUUCUAGCAAACAUGUUCCUCCUUACAAGGAUAAUAUUGACAAGUUUAAAGCCAAAGGGAUUGAUUCUGUUAUUUGUGUGGCUGUUAAUGAUCCAUAUACUGUCAAUGCUUGGGCUGACAAGAUUCAAGCCAAAGAUGCUAUUGAGUUCUAUGGGGACUUUGAUGCGAGCUUUCACAAAAGUUUGGAAUUAACUACCGAUCUAUCUGCUGGUUUGCUUGGAAUUCGAUCUGAAAGAUGGUCAGCAUAUGUGGUAGAUGGAAAAGUGAAGGCUCUUAAUGUUGAAGAAUCUCCAUCUGAUGUCAAAGUUUCUGGAGCAGAGACCAUUUUGGGACAAAUUUGAAGUUUCUGCUGAGUUUUAGGAAUCUAACAAGUCUUCAAUAAACUUGUCCUGAUCAAUGACAAGUGUUUAAUAAACUUGAGCUGAUAGAAUGUUGUUAAGAAUUCUUCUGUUCAAUUUUUUUAUGAAAAAGCUUUUUGUUGGUUCA